UUUUAGGUGGAUGUUGAAAUUUUUAGCUUGGGAAGCAAGUUUUGCAGGAAAGCAAGGACUGAUAUUGUGUUUAAGAGCAACUGAGAGUCCCUUUGCAGAAACCCCUCUAUCUUUUUUGCUGACUUGUGAUUUCCAAUUCACAAGGUUCGUUACAAACUUUUGUUAAAGAACAUGGUGGCACCUAAGAUGCUAGAGCAAAGUUUUUUGUUCUCUUGAGUUUAUUUUUGUCAUAUAUGAAUGUGUAUGUGAAUAUAUAUGCAUGUAUGAAUAUGUAUAAAAUCAUGUGCACAGUCAUGUGGUGAUCGUGGCGGUGAAGGUCAUGCUGUUCAUUGCAGAUUCUCCAUGCUGCAGCGCUGGGGGUUCAUGCACAGCUAGCACAGUGCUGUAGGGUUUUGUUUCUCGUUACCCAGUCCCGUGUCCCAGCUAUGGGAAGUCGUAGACAACCUGCUGCUUGGGUGCAUCCCAGUCCUUCUCCUGCUCCUGACAUUGCAGGCAUGGGCUCUCUUGUCACAGAUACAAGGGGCUAGCUUCACUCGAGUUAUGGACUAUUGUUCAAGUCCUUCCUGAAAAUCCGCAUCACUAAGCAUCUUCAUCCAGUCCCUGAAGAAAAGAAAUAACACACUGACUGAAGCUAAUAGGCAAAGGAAGCAGCGCUGAGGAAAGAUCAUUUCUGGUUGCAGAUUGUAAGAGUUUGCAAUGGCAAUGCUCUGGAAAUUCAUGAGAGUAGCUAAGUAUUCUAAAACAGCUUUAUCAUCAAAAGUAAAGGCAAGAGAAAUUCCCACCCAUUCAAGGCAUUCUUCAUCAAAGACUGUAUCUUCAGAUUUUGCUGCCAACACACCAUGCUCAAAUACUGUGGAACUGCUUGGUAAAGCUUACCCUCAAGAUGAUUACAGCAAUGUCACUGAGAAGAUACUUUCCAAAGUGGGGAAGAACUUGCACAACAAAAAACAUCACCCUUUGUGGCUAAUCAAGGAGCAGGUGAAAGACCACUUUUACAAACAAUAUUUAGGACGCCGUGGGACCCCGCUUUUUUCUGUCUAUGAUGGUCUUUCUCCAGUGGUUACAGUACAGCAGAAUUUUGAUAGUUUGCUUAUUCCACAAAACCAUGCCAGCAGAAGGAAAGAGGAUAACUAUUACUUGAAUCGUGAUCACAUGCUAAGAGCACAUACAUCAGCUCAUCAGUGGGACUUGAUACACUCUGGCCUAGAUGCCUUUCUGGCAGUGGGAGAUGUCUACCGGCGUGAUACAAUUGAUAACACCCACUACCCAGUGUUCCAUCAGAUGGAAGGAGUUCGACUCUUCUCCUGUCAUGAGUUGUUCUCCAACAUUAAAGAUGGUGAAGGCUUACAGUUGUUUGAGCAAGGUCAUCGCACUGCACACAAGCAAGAGUGUCACACCAUGGAGGCAGUGAGGCUGGUGGAAUUCAACCUGAAGCAAGUGCUCACAAAACUCAUGACUCACAUCUUUGGUGAUGGACUGCAAGUCAGAUGGGUGGACUGCUACUUCCCGUUUACUCACCCGUCCUUUGAGAUGGAGAUCAACUUCCAAGGAGAAUGGAUGGAGGUCCUGGGCUGCGGGGUCAUGGAGCAACAGCUAGUUAACUCAGCUGGUGCUCAGGAUAAAAUUGGCUGGGCAUUUGGCUUGGGUUUGGAGAGGCUGGCCAUGAUCCUGUACAAUAUCCCUGACAUCCGACUGUUCUGGAGUGAAGAUGAACGCUUCUUGAAGCAGUUUAUUGUGCCUCACAUUUGGCAAAAAAUAGAAUUCCAGCCACUCAGCAGAUAUCCACCUUUGAUCAAUGACAUAUCCUUUUGGCUGCCUUUUGAGACAUACUCGAAGAAUGAUUUCUAUGAUUUGGCUCGAAACAUUGGUGGAGACCUGAUAGAGAAGGUUGUCCUAGUUGAUGAAUUUACCCAUCCAAAGACAAAGAAGGUCAGCCAUUGCUACCGUAUCAUUUACCGCCACCCGGAGAGGACUUUAACACAGAAUGAGGUGCAUCGCAUCCAUCAAGCUAUUGAAGAAUCAGCAAUUCGAGAACUUGGGGUUGAGGGCAGGUUCUAGCAUCUCUGAUCCAAAGUCCUUAUGACAGUUGCUUUUCCUUUUUUUUCCCUUUAUGAUGUUUACAAAUAGACAGAGGUGUUUUGUGAUGUAGCACAUGGAAAACAAUUGAUAAGUGGGCAGUCAUGAAAUUAACAGAUAAUAAACAUUACUGCUGACAAAUCAUUGACAAAGCACCGGUGCUUUAUUUUAAGAAAUGGGGGAACAGUGGUAAUGUAAGAUUUCCCUCCUGUUACGAUAAGAAAUACACUGCCUGGUGGUUUUCUGUUUUGUUAAUUGGUCCCUGGGUUCCAUUAAACUGUAAAUACUUGGCAUUAUUUCUGUGUUGACAGGAUCUUCUGUCUCUGUAACAAGUGAAGCAAAUCAGAGACACAGAUUAGCUCUGGAAAGAAAAACUAUUUUAGCCUUCCUUGCCCCCAUCUUUUUUAAAUAAGGAAUGGCAAGUUUUGCUGCAAGAAACAUUCCAAGAAGUACAUCUUGCAAAGUUUGGCUCCCUUACCUUCAGAGCCCAUGUGUAUUGCUUUCAUCUGCUACAGAGAAGGAAUCAAUGCGAAUCUGGGGCCAGGCUUGGCUGUCUUCGGAUUCUGGAUGUUUGGUGAGUCUUUCCUGUUGGAUCUCCAUGCUCCCACAGAGCUGAGAAGAACCACUUAGCAAGGCGCUCCAAGCUGUGCCACCUUCCCCAGCUGGGUAGCUCCCUCGUCUCAGGUUUCCUCACACAGGCACCAGUGCAGGAUAAGUCUAUUCCCCUGUCACCAUCAGAGGACUUAUAUCACAUUGGGCAGGAUGACAGCAAAUAUAAACUCUUCCCCACAAUGCCCUGAAAAGUGGCUGCCUUGGUCUCUCAUAGCAUCUUAAUUUCUAGCAGCAGUGUCUGCUCAGAAAUCUAACUUUUAAGGCAAUCAACCAAACUGAAAUGGCAUCUCCUGCUACUUCAGGCACCAGUCGCCUUACAGGAUGCUUGGCUUUUUAAUUGCAGGUUAUAAUAAGUAAAUUCGGGCAGUGGUAUGAUGCUAAGACCUGUGGAAGUGUUCAAAUAGUCUGAUAAAUACUUGAUGAGCCAUUGCAGAUGCUGAUAUAUAAUAUGAGACCUGUUUUUCCUUGUAAUGGUAUUUCAUACAGCCUUGCAGGUCACAUCUGGUUGCUGUGCAGGCAACAUUCUCUCCUUCAGGGAAGAAGGCAGUAAAAGUGCUGCAAUAAACAGCAUCUAACAGUGAUUUAUACCUUAUCAAGAAACAUCUGUGCAGCAGGUCUGUACUCAACCAUAAGAAGCCAGCUACUAUUGCAGAUGUGACAGAAGCAGAGAGCUCAUUUUAAUUUCAUUACUCGACAUAUUUAGCAGUGUAAACAAAUCCUAAUCUAAAUCGCUGUUGUGUUAUCCAAAUAACUUGAUUAUGUAAACAAUAUGCUAGACUUUCUACAAGGCAAAAAGAAUGGGUGUCAUUUAGGCAACAGAAAAACCUACUUGUUUAUUUUUAAUGUACGAUCUACUAAGAUCCAUAAAUACUGCCUAGCCCAUUUGAUGUUUUUACGUCUUCUUUAGCCUUUGCCUUUUCAGGAUUAUCAGUGAGGACCCCUGAGGAGGAGGAGCACUCUGCUGAACUGCACUAAACAGUAGUUGUUCCAAGACAAAGCUUGAUCGAUGCUGCUACAUGGACCAGCAAAUUAUGUGCAGAUUAAUUGAUGGGAUUGCAUAUGGAAGGAGUACUACAACCUGCCACUAUAUGAAAUCACUGUCUUUUGGGAAAACAAGAGACUGCUUGGGGUGGAGCAGGCUUUAAGAUUCUCCUAUUAACUUACUGAUUAGUGAAGUUUCCCUUUUCUGUUCUCCAAAUCCUUCUGUUGUUCUGUCAUUCUGGUCAGCCAGUUUUGGGGCAUAGAAAUUUGGGGAAAGCAAGGAGGAGAAAACAGGUCGGUGAGCCAUUGUCAUUACAGCCUCAGGCUGACAUGUCCAGCUUUGCAAGGAAACUUGGAUGUUCUUGAAUCAGCCAGUCUCCAGCCACUAGCACCAGCUGUGUUUGGCAUGUCUGGCUGCAAACUGUCUGCACUCUGGUGAGGAGGGACUCCCUGCAAGAGCCAGGUCUUGUUGGAGUAAUGUUAUUCUUUGAAACAUAAAAGAUUAACCUCAUGGGCUAACAGGAUAAAGGGGAAAUACAAAGCUAAUACAAUACAAAUAUAAAGGGGAGCAGCAUUUGUGUAGGUAGUGUACAUGCUGACUGUCUAGUGUAGGAGGAGGCACAGGGCCCUGCUUCUUGUUUUUAUCAACUGCCUGUGUUUAUCUUU